AUGAGAAGAGCCCCCUGUCGCUGCUGGUCCGCGAUGUGCCGCUCAUCGUGCGCUGCUCCGCCCGCCAGCUGGGGGCGCGGGAGAGGGCGGGCGCCAAGACGCGGGUGGGGGUGCUGGGCGUGCUGCGGCAGCUGGUGGCGGUGGCGGCGGGGGAGGUGGCGGGGCAGGUGGGCGCGCUGGUGCCGGGGGUGCUAGCGGCGCUGCAGGACAAGUCCGGCAACACGGGUCUCAAGAUCGAGGCGCUCAGCUUCCUGCGCCUCACGCUGGCCGCCACCCCGCCCGCGCUGCUGCAGCCGCACACGCGCCUACUGCUGCCGCCCGUGUGCGCAUGCGUGAACGAGCGGUACUACAAGGUUGCCGCCGAGGCUCUGCGGGUGUGCGAGGCGCUGGUGGGGGUGCUGCGCCCCGACCCCGCCGCCCCCGUGCCGCCGCAGCAGCAGCCGCUGGUGGGCCCGCUGUACGCGGCGGUCAUGGGGAGGCUGAGCGCCACGGACCAGGACCAGGAGGUGAAGGAGGCGGCCAUCAGCGCCAUGGCGGCAGCAGCGGCGCGACUGGGGGAUGUGCUGCAGAAGGAGCUCCCCGGUGUGCUGCGGGUGCUGCUGGAGCGGCUGCGCAACGAGAUCACCCGCCUCACCGCCGUAAAGGCGCUCACCACCCUCGCAUCCUCGCCCCUGCUCCCCCCCGAGCUGCUGGCGGGGGCGGGCAACGGCGGGGGUAACGGUGGUGGUAACGGUAACGGCGAGGGCGGGGUGGUGGGCGAGCUGACCUCCUUCCUGCGCAAGGCCAACCGGCUGCUGAGGCAGGCGUCGCUGGUGGCGCUGGAGGCCCUCGCCUCCCGCUACCCCCCUGCCUUCCAGGGCCCCGUCCUCACCUCCGCAGUGGAGGAGGCGGCCGCACUGAUCUCAGACGCCGACGUGGCGCUCGCCUCCCUCGCGCUACGCUUCCUCAUCACCCUCACCACCCUGCCCGGACCCAUGGGUCACUCGGCUGCCGCGGUGGUGGCGGAGCGCGCCCGCGGCCCCGCACUGGUGCUGGUGCGCAGUCCGCUGCUGCAGGGGGGGGCGCUGGAGGUGCUGCAGGGCUUCUUCGCGGCGCUGGCUGGGAGCGGGGGGGCCGGGGAGGGGGGUGCGGAGGCGCUGCUGGGGCAGCUGCUGGAGGCGGGCAGGAGCGCGGAGGCGGCGUCGAAGCAGGCCCAGCACAGUGUGGCCCGCUGUGUAGCCGCGCUGGCCACCACCUCCCCCGCCCAGCUGCCCGCUCGGGUGGAGAUGCUGCUCAAGAGCGCGGGGGGCAGGGACCCGGGCACCCAGCGCCUCGCCCUGCUGUGCCUGGGUGAGAUCGGCGGCCGCACCGACCUCUCCUCGCUGCCCGCAGUGGCGGCAGCCGCCUCCUCCCUGCUGGCCGCCCCCGGCAGCGGCGAGGAGGUGCGCCAGGCGGCAUCGCACGCGCUGGGCGGCGUGACGCGGGGCAACCUGCCCCACUUCCUGCCGGGCCUGGUGGCGCAGAUCGGGGCGGCGGCGGGGCAGCCCAAGCAGCAGUACCUGCUGCUACAGGCGCUGAACGACGUCAUCUCCACGCUCGCCUCCCCCUCCGCGGGCGCCAAGGCGGCGGAGCUGGGGCAGGACAUGGCGGACCAGGUCCUGUCCCUGCUGUUUGGCGCUGUGGAGUCGGAGGAGGAGUGUCGCAACGUGGUGGCGGAGUGCGCGGGGCGGCUGGCGCUGCUGCACCCGGGCAGGGUGCUGCCGGCGCUGCUGGAGCGGACGAGCGCGGAUUCAGCCAACAUGCGGGCGGUGGUCGUCUCCGCCGUCAAGUUCUCCGUGCUGGAGCGCCCGCACCCCGUGGACGCCCCGCUGGGCCCCUGCCUGCUGCGCUUCCUGCUGCUCAUGGCCGACCCAGACCGGCACGUGCGCCGCGCGGCGGUGGGCGCGCUCAGCGGCUGCGCGCACGCCAAGCCGGCGCUGGUGGUGGGCGGGCUGCCGCAGCUGCUGCCGCUGCUGUACGCGUGCACGGAGGUGCGGGAGGACAUGAUUCGUACGGUGGACCUGGGGCCCUUUAAACACAAGAUCGACGACGGUCUGGAGCUGCGCAAGUCGGCGUUCGAGUGUCUAGACAUCCUGCACGACUGCUGCCGCGACCAGCUGGAGCCGGGGCCCUUCCUGCGGGCGCUGGAGAGCGGGCUGGGGGACCAUGCGGAUGUCAAGAUGCCCUGCCACACCACGCUGUCCAAGCUGGUGGCCUCCGACCCGGGGGCGGUGCUGGCGGCCGCGGAGAGGCUGGUGGGGCCGCUGGAGAAGACACUCACCACCCGGCUCAAAAGCGAUGCGGUCAAGCAGGAGAUCGACCGGCACGAGGACAUGCUUCGCAGCUGCCUGCGCUGUGUGGACGCACUGGCGCACGUGCCGGGGGCCGACAACAAUGCGGCGCUCCAGGGCUUCCUGCGCCGAGUGGUGCUGUCCUCCCCGCCGCUGCGCGAGAAGUACGCGGCCAUUCAGCGGGAGCGGGCGGAGGCGGAGGGCGGGGACGCGAUGGACACUGCCGCUUAGGGAGGAGGGAGCCCUUCUUUUUGCUAGCGCGUAGAGCUGCGACCGCUGUUUCCGUGUGAAGACUUGAAGAAUUCCAGGCUUUUCCUUUCCAGGAGUGUUGUCCCUUUAGUGAAUUGCGCAGCGUAAGAAGAAUGGGUUGCAGGAGUGCUAUCGCUGCGGUAGUGCGGUUGCUGCGGAUGCGCGCUUUGCUGUUGUUUCUUCACGCCUGUGUUGUGCUAGCGAGAGGUUUACGAUGACCUGCGGCGCCUGAUUGAUGGCUCCGAGUGCAACCUGUUUUCCCUCCUCUUGGGAAAAGGGCACACGUGCUCGACGUGCACAUGGGUCAGCAGGUUGGGCGCCAAAGCGGCAGUUGCGACCGAUGUCGUGUCGUGCUGAAACCACCCGGCACUCCAAGGGGCCGCAUCAUACUUGUUCUUCUCUCUCCUCCUGCCACACUUCCCUGCAAUAAGCGGAAGGCAAAUCAUCGGGUUGCCGAUCAACGAGUUGUAUGCACGCUGAUCAUGCUGUAAAGAUCAGGCAUUGCGAAA